ACUUUGCCCGCGCCCUCCACAUGGGCCGCGUGGGAGUGAUGCACAGUUUUGCAACGAGCAGUGAGUACGUGUAAACCUAAGCUCACAAUCGUGGCAGAUCUAGGCAGAACGACAGGGGCAUUGGACAGUCCUCUCCCUACUGUCAGGAAGUGCGAAACUGCAACCAUGAAGUGUAUCCGUGUGAACACGCCCGGGGAGCCGCUGGUCUUCGUGAACGAUGAGCCAAUCCCAAAAGCUCCUGACGAUGGGGCAGUUGUAAAGAUCGCCUACGCUGGAGUGUGCCACACUGAUGUACACGUCUGGGAGGGUGGAGAAGGAGCAAAGUGUCUUGAGCUACUUGGCUGCAAGUAUCCCGUCGUCCCAGGACAUGAAAUAGCCGGCAUUCUUUUCUCCGUGGGCGAGAGCGCCGCCAAGAACAUCAGCGCGAGUGGGUUGAAGCUGGGAGAUCGUGUGAUUGUCUUUCCGUGGAUCUUCUGUGGUGAAUGCGGCCCUUGUAAAGCCGAUCACAGCGUCUUCUGUAAUGGCCCCAUAUCGGAAGUUAAAUCCAUUGGGCUGUCACAUAAUGGCGGAUUUGAGCAGUAUGUCGCCGUGCCUGAGCUGCGGUACGUGGUUCCUGUGCCUGACUCCAUACCUUUCCCGGUGGCCAGUCUUCUCCCCUGCAGUGGAAUAACUGGUUACCAUGCAGUCGAGGUAGCCGUCGGCUUGGUUAAAACCAUCACCGAGACCAAAGGUGGUUGUUCUGUCUUGGCGAUUGGAGCAGGUGGAGUUGGCCAGUGGGGAAUUCGCUUAGCUAGGGCUAUGUACCCUCCAGAAACACAAAUCAUUUGCGCAGAAAUCAAGCAAGAAGCGUUAGAUGGGGUUAUUAGUAGUGUCCGCGAUACCGUGCCGUUGCUCAUGGGUCGAGACCAGCCCAGUGACAGCAUCGCACAGCAAGUCAAGGCGGCUUCCCGCACCGGAAACGGCGUGAACCUCGUGCUGGAUUUCGUCGGUGUAACAAAGACGUUUGAUGUCGCCAUGAAGUCCCUGCAAACGAAAGGGCAAUACGUUGUCACUGGACUGCUCGGGGGUGAGGCACGGUUUUCUCUGCCCGAUUUGGUGAUGACUGCAAACGGUGUGAAGGGUGUCUUAGUAGGCAGCCUCACCCAGCAGAAGAGACUGGUGGACCUCGUCGUGAAAAUGCCGUCCAUAUACGAAAACCUGAAGUACAGCGUUCAUCCAAUGGAAGAAGGUAUCCAAAUCAUGGAGAAAUUGGCACGGGGGGAGGUGGUCGGACGGGCCAUACUUAAGUGUAACGAUGAUUAGCGGCCUUGGAAACGGUGUGGAAACUAAGAUAAGAUGGAAUCGAAGUCCUUUAAGUCCUAAAUCCUUAGUAACGCAUCCAUAGGCUAUGUUUUCCCAGACUGCCUGAUCGGUCUUCUAAAUACUAAUCAUGUAUAAUUAUGAAAACUGAUUUGUAUUCUUUAGGUAUGCAAAGAUGCAGGUUUGCAAGUAACAUCUAGUUGAUGAGUACGUAGGGGGUAAGGCGUUUUUGUAUUCAAAACACACUUUGAAAAUGCCAUUCAGGAAAACCAUUUUUUUGUUAAAAUAAGGCAUUAUUUCAAGUCUUAUCAGUUUACGCUUUUUGUGAUGAUUUAAGAGCUUGGCAGUUUUGAAUAUAUCAUGACAGUUUUCCGUUUAUCUGCGUGGCUGAGGUGCCGGUUUUCUUUUUUGGGGGGGGGGCAGGCACAGGGUUGCAGGAAUGCUAAGUCGUCUGUGGCAGGGGAAACUGGGAAGGGUAACAGAAAACAUAGUUUGACCAGGACCACUGGAACGACGGCUUUAAUUCUGAGUGCAUUGCAUCUGUGGCUACAGUCUUUGUUUGGGGUCCAUUGUUUGCGCUUUAUGUGAUGAUAUGGUAAAAUUUUCGCUGUUUUGGCAAACUAACAUAUUUUAUUAAAAAGCAGUUAUUCUUUUAAAAGCUAUGUACCAGUCAACUUCUGAGUUUGCCUUGCUUUAUGUUAAAUGACUGUAAUUCAAAUUUGUUAAGUACAUAUAGUUUGCUGUUAGGACUAUAGUCUUCAACACUUUAGCCCUUAGUUGUGCUUGAAAGAUGUUUCGCGCUUGAUGUUUGAUUCGCUUUAAUUGUAAUAUUUGAUGUUUGAUUUUUUUUAAUAUUCUUUAAUUUGUUCCGUUUUACUUUGCCGCAUAUGUUAUCCUCAUUAUGGUUAACUGGAAGUUCUCUUUUUUUCUGUAUUCGGUUAUUUAAACUGGGGUGUGUUUUGAUUUAGUAUAACUUUCUUUGAAGAUUGUGUUUUGUUUUUCUUACUUCCAUCUGGUUUCCUUGUUCAGUCGGUUUAUUUUUAUUCUUUCUUUUGAAAGUUUGAUGAUUGCUUUUGGUUAUAAUAAUAAUAAUAACAAGCACUUGUAAAGCUCCAUCUAUCUAGCAAACCAUUCCGAGAUGCUGUAUGAUCAUUAUCCCUGCACAUUGGGCUCACACAUCAUCUGAACAUUCCUGAAACCAUCUCAGCUCCCUGGGGAGUAUACUAGCCUGGUGCUGCCAUUCUGGCGCAAACGGCUAAACUACCAUAUCUGCCCUCACAGGUUAUACCUGAAUAGCUACCGUGUUAACUAGUACAAAUAUAUGGUCUUGGUCAUUUGAGCACGGUCAUCAAAGUUUUUGGAAGUCAUCAGUAACUGACAUCUUAAAUAGUGUUGAAUACUGCAUUGGACAUUUGGUCAAUUCUUUGAUGGAGUCCCUCAUUAACUUGUGUAGACAUUUCCGUCAUAUUGUUCAUUUAGAAAACUUUUGUGAUAGUUUUCCGUGAAAUAAAUGUGUUGCAGUGGAAAUCUGA